ACACUUGUUGCUUUGCAUGCAGCACAUUCAAACAGCCAUGUGCACUGCAACCGCAAUUCUGCUCAUUGUGUUUGCAGCUUUCUUUGCUGUUUUUUGUUUGUUGGUAGUUGUCCCGGUAUACUUUGAGCUGAGAAAUUUAAAUAUUCCUCCUGGAGUUGCUAAUCCUGGGAAACUACGUGGGAUUCAUUGUGCGUAUGUUGGGAUAAACAUUGUGUUAGUGCACACACAUUAGGAGUAGUGAGUAGUGAACACACACACUGCAAACCAUGGACACACACACACACGGAGCAGUGGACAGCCAUUUUUGCGGCAAGUGGACUUCUUUACCCCCUCAGUGGCACAUUUAAUGACAGUGAAUAUUAAGAAUUGGCAAACCUAUACUUUUUUGUAUUCAAACCACCUUUAGGGCCAAAUUUUGGAGCGAUUGGGGCUGUGUCAUCAGAUAAAUUUUACACGAUGGUUCAGAUGUUGUAUCAUGGCCAGCAAAGGGCCAGUGCACCAAGGGCUUCGUAUUAAGGACUUGACCUUCAGUGGAGUUCCAGUGAGGGUGUAUGAGCCUACAGCUGCCUCAGGAGAGAAAAAAAGAGGCCUGGUGUACUUUCAUGGUGGCGGAUGGAUGUUUGGCUGCAUUGAUGAUUACGAUGAAGUGUGUCAGUAUAUAUCACUGGAGAGUGACACUACAGUUGUCUCUGUUGGUUACCGUCUGGCCCCCGAGCACAGGUACCCUGCCCACUUGGAUGACUGUGAGGUCGUGACUCGCCACUUCCUAUCAAUAGCGGCAACCGAUUUCGGGGUGGACCCACACAGGGUGGCAGUUGGUGGGGACAGUGCAGGGGCGAACCUGGCAGCCGCUCUCUGCCAGAGGCUGUCGAAGACGCAGGAUGGUCAUCUGCCAUCUCCCUGUGCCCAGGUUCUCAUCUACCCGGCUCUGCAGAUGGCAGAUUUCCACCUGCCCUCAUACCAGCAGAACCACUCUGUGCCCAUAUUGUUCAGAGGCCGAACGGUGUUCUUUUUCCUGCAGUACCUCAACGGGAAUACGUCUGUGAGCCAGCAGGUUCUGGAAGGCAAGCAUGUUCCUGCCGAGCUAAAACUUCGCUAUAAGAAAUGGCUGGAUCCAGAUAAUCUUCCACCUCAGUUUAGAAAGGGAGCAAGAAGUCCGCAGGUUAUUGCAAGCCAUGAUGCUGACGUCUAUCACAUCAUCAAACAGGGCUUAGAUCCAGAGAUCUCCCCUUUACUAGCCGAGGACGAUGUUCUUCGUCUCACGCCAGCCGCCUUCAUCCUGACUUGUGAGUUUGAUGUUCUGAGAGAUGAUGGCAUUCUGUUCCAGAAGCGACUGAAGGAUGUAGGAGUGGAUGUCACGUGGGAGCAUCUAUCUGAUGGCUUCCACGGGAUCAUCAGCUUCUUCAACCAAGGCUGGUUGACGUUUCAAUCAUCUCGAAGGGGUAUGGACAGCAUUGUAAGAUAUGUGAAGACUCUCUGACUGGGAAGUCAAAAGAUUUGUCAGAAUGAUUCAGAAUAUGGCUUGCAUGAGGUUUUUCAUGGCAAAGGAAUGAACAAAAAUGCACUUUAAAGGGUUAGUUCACCCAAAAAUGAAAAUUAUGUCAUUAAUUAC